CGUCAGCACUUGCGGGUGAUCUUUUCACUAAUCCAAUCGCAAAGGAUGAUCCAACACAUCUUGUGAGCAAGGUUGUGGACAAGCCAGUCAUCAUGCCCACCAAGUUAGACAAGGAAGCCCUUGGCAAGCCCAUCCAGACCAACAAGUUCUACGGCAACUUGAUCGUGCCCAACAAUACCUAUCCUGUCUACCAGAUGCCCUACACCCUCUUCUGGAACAAAACAGACUACGGCACUCUGUGUAUCAGCCACACCGAUCAGUCGGAACUCAUCUUCGGUCCACCCGGAAAGCCAGUAACAAACUUCGAUUCACCUGCGGACCGUUGUCCGAUUGGCUUUGGCGCCAAAGAGCUGACCCAUGAGCAAGACAUGAAGGUGUCUAAUCUGGGUAUCGAAUCCGUUGAUGUCACAUGGAUGCCCAAGGAAGGCUCGGGAUCUAUGCACACGACUCUUGUGCCUGGUUCUGCCUUCAUCACCAUGGAGUACAGCAAUCUGCAGCCUGUUUUCUUCUCUACCACCAACGAUUUUACCGAAGUUGUUGCUGUCGAUUGGAAGCCCUCACCUGCCUCUGCAAAAGACAUCAAGGCAUUCCACAAAUUCCGCAUCACCACUAGUCUGACAGAUACUUGGCUUGUCUAUGUAUUCAACCAGGCCGGCACCGAGUUCCCCAUCACUCAGACCACUAACGAUGAGACGUCGCUCCUCGUCGGCCCGCCUGGCUUCAGCGGAAUCAUUCAGAUGGCCCGCUUGCCCGGCAAACCAAAGCCAGCUCACAAGAGGAAGGGGCACAAGCAUUCUGGUGGCAAACACGGUAAGACGAAACCUAUUUCGACCACCUUAUCGCUUCGCCCGCUUGCUCCGUUGCCUGUCGAAGCUGUUUACGACAAGCACGUGGGUACUUUCCCAACAACGCUACUCUUGGCUGGCAGCGUGACCGACAACCAUGGCACGUAUUCAUUUGACUACAAACCGACUCAGCUUCUGGGCAAUGAGUUGCUGACACUUCUUUAUCCACACCAGCAAGAUUCCAUCAAGUUGGACAAGACUUACAGCACAGACCUCACGAUGUCUUCAAUCUCAAAGGGGAUGAUGAAGGGUUAUGGUGGAAACCCUCUGGUUUUCGAGGAGACAGACUUGCCAAUUGAGUACAGUUUCUUUGCACCACUCAAGGUGGAUGGGUUCUCUGAAGAUGUCAAAGCUCUUAUCAGAGCAACAGCUGCUGAUGACCUUACCCAGAACAUCACUGCGCAGUCAAACCAAGAAUUCUUUUAUUUCGCAGCCAAGGCUAUCGCAAAAUUCGCUCAACUUUGUCUCGUCCAGAAAGAAGUCCUUGGAGAAGAUCCCUCUGAUUGCCUAGAAGGCGUGAAGGCAGCAUUGGGACGCAUCAUCGAUGGCACCAACGCCACUCCAUUGGUCUACGACUCGACGUGGAAAGGUGUGAUUUCAAGCUGUUUUCUGAAACAAAAGACACUUGAUCUGCAACAAAGCUGUGAUUUCGGCAAUCCCACUUACAAUGACCAUCACUUCCAUUUCGGCUACGUGCUGUAUGCUGCGUCUCUUGUCGGACAUCUUGACAGUUCGUGGCUCACCGAGAAAAACAAAGCCUUUAUGAACAUGUUGGCGCGAGACUAUGCCAAUCCAUCCAGUAGCGACCCGAACUUUCCUCAACUCCGAGCAUUCAGUCCGAUGGAUGCUCAUGCUUGGGCCCACGGCUAUGUCCCUGUCAAAUACGGCAAGGAUGAAGAGUCCACCUCGGAAGACUACAACUCGGUCUACGCCCUGAAGCUUUGGGGCCAGGUCAUCAAGGACAAGGACAUGGAGGACCGCGCGAACUUGAUGCUUGCCAUGAUGAAACGUUCGAUGCAAAGCUACAUGUUGAUGACCAAGGACAACAAGGUGCAACCAAAGAAGUUCAUCCCCAAUUUCGUUUCGGGUAUCUUGUUUGAAUCAAAAGUGUUCCACACGACAUGGUUUGGCGAUAAAAUCGCUUAUAUUCAUGGAAUCCACGUCCUUCCAAUGACCUCGCUCAGUUCAUUCUUCCGUUCAGCCGAGUUUGUCCAACAGGAGUGGUCUGCCGUAUUCAAAAAUGUCUGGGAGACGUUUGAGGGCGGCUGGCGAGGUCUUGCCAUGGCCAACUACGGCAUCAUUAAGCCGAAAGUCAGUUUUGAGUACUUUGCAGACGUCAAGUUCAACAAGGCGGCUUACAUUGAUGAUGGAGCUACUCUUACCUGGUACCUGACUCUUGCUGCAGGUCGUGGUGGCGCAACAGGGUACAGUGACAAGAACCGCCUGAAGUACCUGAAGGACCUGCCACGCCCUACAUCAACGCCAGAGCCAAAGCCAAAGCCAAAGCCGAAGCCGAAGAAUCAGAUUGGUGGCCAGACACCGCCUCCAAAUUAGGCCUUGAUCGCUUCUCCCAUGAUUUCACCACAUGCGAGCCCUGCUGUCUACCUUACUUCAUCAGCAACAAUGGCCUCUCUUCAUAGAUUCCAUCGUCAUGCUCUUAAAGACGGAUGCACUGGCGGGUUGCAGUGCGUCUAUUUUCUACCGCUUCACACCUC